AUGAGUAAAUUGAUGAAAGGAGCCGUUGAAAGCGAGAAGUUUAGACUUCGUCGCAUUCGUAUUGCUUUAACCUCCAAAAGUUUGAGGGCCAUAGAGAAAGUAUGCAGCGACAUCAUGAAGGGCGCGAAGGAGAAGAACCUAAACGUGUCCGGACCGGUGAGGCUACCAGUAAAAACGCUGAGAAUAACGACGAGAAAAUCCCCCUGCGGUGAGGGUACCAACACAUGGGAUAGAUUCGAACUAAGAAUUUAUAAAAGACUGAUUGAUUUAUAUUCACAAUGUGAGGUUGUUACACAGAUGACUUCCAUCAACAUUGACCCUGGGGUUGAGGUUGAAGUUAUUAUAACAGAUUCGUAA